AAGUGUCUACAUCUUUAUGAGUAGUAACCUUAAAUGGGGAUAUAUGGGAAUCAUAGAAAUUAAGAGAGUAACUUUGAGAGAAUAGUGUUGCUGCUACCUGCUAUGUUUGGAUGAGAUAUUCAUCAUCAUGUCAAGAAAUGCAUCAUCAACAACUCUUCUUAUCCUUUUUCUUCUUAACAUCUCUUUGCUUCUUCCACCACAAAUCUCUUCUCUGAACCAAGAAGGACUCUCACUACUUUCAUGGAUUUCAACCUUCAAUUCCUCUAACUCUGCUACUGCUUCUUCCUUCUUCUCUUCAUGGGAUCCAACUCAUGAGAAUCCAUGCAGAUGGGACUACAUAAAGUGUUCCAAACAAGGCUUUGUCUCAGAGAUCAUAGUACAAUCCAUUGAUCUUCAUAGCACCUUUCCAACACAGCUUGUUUCCUUCAACCACCUUGAAACUCUUGUAAUCUCCAAUGGAAACCUCACAGGUGAGAUUCCAACUUCAUUGGGAAACUUAACAUCUCUUGUUACCUUGGACCUUAGCUUCAACACUCUAUCAGGAACCAUUCCAGAUGAAAUAGGACAGCUUUACAACCUUCAAUGGCUAUCCUUGAAUUCAAACGCCUUAAAUGGUGAAAUUCCAACAACAAUUGGAAACCUUACAAAGCUUCAGCAGCUAGCACUCUAUGACAACCAGCUCUCUGGAAUGAUCCCCGGCGAAAUAGGCCGGCUGGCGAAUCUUGAAACGCUUCGAGCUGGAGGCAAUCCGGGCAUCCACGGCGAAAUUCCAAUGCAGAUAUCAAACUGCAAGGCUCUUGUUUUUCUUGGACUAGCAGAUACCGGAGUUUCUGGGGAGAUUCCACCAACAAUAGGAGAACUCACCAAUCUUCAAACACUUUCAGUAUACACUGCACAUCUCACAGGUCACAUUCCACCAGAGAUUCAAAACUGUUCAUCUUUGGAAAACUUGUUCCUAUAUGAAAACCAGCUUUCAGGGAACAUCCCUGAUGAGUUAGGCUCUAUGCAAAGCCUUAAGAGAGUGUUGCUUUGGCAGAACAAUCUAAGUGGUACAAUUCCAGAGAGUCUUGGAAACUUGACUAAUCUGAAGGUGAUAGAUUUCUCUUUGAAUUCUCUGGCUGGUGAAUUACCUUUUAGUCUCAGUAAUCUACUCUCAUUAGAGGAGCUUCUUUUGUCUGAUAACAACAUUACUGGAGAAAUUCCUUCCUAUAUUGGAAACUUUUCGAGGCUGAAGCAACUCGAAUUGGAUAACAACAAGUUCUCUGGAGAGAUUCCAACUGUCUUGGGGAAUCUCAAGGAGCUUACUCUCUUCUUUGCCUGGCAGAAUCAGCUCCAUGGAAGCAUACCAGCUGAACUCUCUGACUGCAAGAAGCUUGAAGCAAUUGAUCUUUCGCAUAACUUCCUCACCGGUUCGAUUCCUCGAACACUGUUUCAUCUAGAGAAUUUAACUCAGUUGUUGUUGAUAUCAAACAUGCUUUCAGGACAAAUUCCACCAGAUAUUGGCAGCUGCACUAGGCUGAGCAGGUUGCGCUUGGGAUCGAACAAUUUCACCGGUCAUAUUCCACCAGAAAUAGGCCUUUUAAACCGGCUGAGCUUCCUCGAGUUAUCAGAUAAUAUGCUCAGUGGAGAUAUUCCCACUGAGAUUGGUAACUGUGCUAAUCUAGAGAUGCUUGAUCUGCACGGCAAUGCCCUGCAAGGAACAGUUCCUUCCUCAUUAGAAUUCCUAGUUUCUUUGAAUGUCUUGGAUCUUUCUGCAAAUCAAAUAAGUGGAAGCAUUCCUGGAAACUUGGGAAAACUUUCAUCUCUAAACAAGUUGAUUCUAAGUGGAAACCAUAUCAGUGGUUUGAUUCCUCUGUCACUAGGCCUCUGCAUGAAUCUGCAGUUGCUGGAUAUAAGUAACAACAUGAUCAUUGGUUCGAUUCCCGAUGAGAUUGGCCACUUGCAAGGCCUAGAUAUCCUCUUGAACUUGAGUUGGAAUUCUCUAACAGGCACCAUUCCAGAGACCUUUUCGAAUCUUUCGAAACUUUCCAUAUUAGACCUCUCUCACAACAAGCUCUCAGGCACCCUCCGUGUGCUAAGCAGUCUUGAAAAUCUUGUCUCUCUAAAUGUCUCCUACAACAGAUUUUCUGGUUCUCUCCCUGAUACCAAGUUCUUCCGCGAUCUCCCUCCGGCUGCAUUCGCUGGCAACCCUGAGCUUUGCCUUAACAAGUGUCGUCCGGAGGGAGAUCGCCAAGAAGCAAAGUCAGUAAGAAACAUCCUUAUCUACACUUUCCUUGGUGUUAUUUUAACAUCUAUUGUUGUAACCUUGGGAGUAAUCUUAGCACUCAGAAUUCAAGGGGCUACUUUUGGGACAAAAUUUGAGGAAGGUGGUGAGCUUGAAUGGGCUUUCACUCCAUUCCAAAAGCUCAACUUCUCAAUCAAUGACAUUGUCACAAAGCUAACAGAUUCAAACAUCGUGGGAAAAGGUUGCUCAGGGAUCGUUUAUCGAGUAGAGACUCCAAUGAAACAGUUAAUUGCAGUUAAGAAGUUGUGGCCAAUAAAAAGCGACGAGCCGCCACCAGAGAGAGACCAGUUUUCUGCUGAAGUUCAGGCCCUUGGAUCAAUAAGGCACAAGAACAUUGUAAGACUCUUAGGAUGCUGUGACAACGGACGAACUCGGCUGCUCUUGUUUGAUUACAUAUGCAAUGGGAGCUUGUUUGGAUUGCUCCAUGAGAAGAGAUUGUUCUUGGAUUGGGAUGCAAGGUACAAGAUCAUGCUUGGAGCAGCUCAUGGUUUGGAAUAUCUUCAUCAUGAUUGUAUCCCUCCAAUUGUUCAUAGGGAUAUCAAGGCCAAUAACAUCUUAGUUGGUCCACAAUUUGAAGCUUUUCUUGCAGAUUUUGGCCUUGCCAAACUUGUCAAUUCAUCAGAUUGUUCUGCAGCCUCUAACAUUGUUGCAGGCUCUUAUGGAUACAUAGCUCCUGAAUAUGGAUACAGUUUGAGGAUCACAGAGAAAAGUGAUGUGUAUAGUUUCGGAGUGGUGCUACUCGAGGUGUUAACAGGGAUGGAGCCAACAGAUAACAGGAUUCCAGAGGGUGCACAUAUUGUCACCUGGGUUAGCUAUGAAAUCAGAGUGAAGAAAAGAGACUUCACAUCAAUCCUUGACCAGAAUCUGAUACUGCAAUGUGGAACAAGGAUCCCUGAGAUGCUUCAAGUUCUUGGAGUGGCUCUCCUAUGUGUGAAUCCUUGCCCAGAAGAAAGGCCUGCCAUGAAAGAUGUAACAGCAAUGCUUAAGGAGAUCAGACAUGAAAAUGAUGAAUUCGAGAAGCCCAAUUUCCUCCAUAAAGGCAUGGUUACAAAUCCUAAAGCGGCUGUUCAUUGUUCAAGUUUCUCUAGAUCAUGUCAGCCACUAAUAGAUUCACCAUCUUCUUCUUCAUAGUGUUAUUAUUUAUUAGACUUGUUCAAUCAUAUUCUUUUUUCUUUCUUGUGACAUUAUUUAAUGCAUAUUAGUAUUAGUCAACCAAAGAGAACUCUUAUUUAUACAUGAAAAUACUCCA